GCAAAAAAGCCAUAAUGAACAUAUCUAUGUAACAUACAUGUAUGUAAACAUUUUUUUAUGUUAGCAUCAUAAUAAAUAAUAUUUGAUCAUUGCUACAUUUCAUUAUAUGGAUGGAUUCUCAUGAAAAAAGUGUCAUUAGGGCACCAAUACAGAAAUGUAACAACACUAAUGGUUUUGUGCGAAAACCAGGGGAAAUCUGAAAACGACCACCAUAUUGGUGAACUUGCCGAACAGCCCGAUUUCGAUGAUUUUGAAAUAUGUUUUGAACAUUCUCUAUGAGAGUGAUUGAUAUAGCAUGUUGCAGUAACAACUGUUAAAGGAUGGCUGUACCUACGCAUACUUUAAGUAAUGGGCAAAAAAUCCCUGUCUUAGGACUUGGUACUUGGCAAGCUGGAGACAAUCCAGGUGCUGUUGAACAAGCAGUGCGAGACGCGGUGGAUGCCGGUUACAGGCAUUUUGACUGCGCUUAUAUCUACUGCAAUGAAAAGGAAGUUGGCAAAGCUCUACGCGAUAAGAUUGCAGAGGGUGUGAUAAAACGAGAAGAUUUAUUUAUAACAACAAAGUUAUGGAAUUCGAUGCACAGGAAAGAAUUGGUAGUACCAGCGUGCAAAAAAUCACUUGAAAAUUUCGGAUUCGAUUAUGUUGAUCUUUAUCUUAUUCACUGGCCCAUGGGAUUUGAUGAAAAUUCUGAAGGUCUGUGGCCAGUUGAUGAGAAAGGUAAUCCCAUGUAUGGAGACGUGGAUUAUCUCGAUACGUGGCGAGCAAUGGAAGAAUGUGUAAAGCUGGGAUUAACUAAAAGUAUAGGUCUUAGCAACUUUAACUCCCAACAGAUCGAUCGUGUUUUAUCGAUCGCCCAAAUCAAACCUGUCAUGUGUCAAGUGGAGUGCCAUCCAAACUUAAAUCAGAAAAAACUACGUGAUUUCUGCACGCAACGUAACAUAUCUAUCACGGCUUACAGCCCAUUCGGUUCUCCUAAGCGUACUUGGGCGAAACCUGGCGAUCCACAAGUUACCAUCGAAUCAGCAGAAAUAAUUGCGAUUAGCAAAAAGUAUGGGAAGACUCCGGCGCAAGUUGUUUUACGAUACUUGAUCGACAUUGGUACCAUUCCUAUACCUAAGUCUAGUUCGAAGGAACGUAUUAAGGAAAACAUCAAUAUCUUCGAUUUUAAGUUAACAUCACAGGAAAUUGCAACCAUCAAUACACUUGACCGUGGAAUUCGUAUUUGUCCUGCUGCAGAGUAUAAGGGACACAAGGACUAUCCGUUCACUAUAGAAUUCUAAAAGAGAAAAUAGAUUCACUAUUUUACAUAACUGCCUUAUUCUAUUAAAUAAUUCGUUAAACAUUUUGUUUUAUUAAACGUAUAUUAUAUAUACAAGAACAUAUAUUCUAUGUAAUUUUCGUUCAUGCUUGUAAUUAAUUCUAUUUUUAAUAAAUCAUUGUUAUAAGAAGAA